AUGACUAAGGACACAGCCAUUCAAGCUCAUCAUCCGGUAUCAAACAUCAGUUUCCUGAAUUCAGCCAAAGACACAUCCAUUCAAGCCCAUCAUUCACUACUAAACAUCAGUUCCCCUAAUCCAACCAACCAAUUAGUCAAACUUGACAAAACUCUAGGGAAAGGCAAACUUCCGCUAACGAAGUGGGCGACGAAUUGCCCAGAAGUUCUAAAAUAUAUUGACGAAAGUCACCGAAUUAGUUCAUACGUUGAGGUUGACAAGGCAGAUAAGGAUCUUAAGAUCCUUGGCCUACACUAUAGUCCUAUUGAUGACUGUUUCCUGUACAGUAUCAAGCCAAUUUUAAAUGUUAGGUAUACCAAACGAAGAAUGCUUAGUAUAGCUGCUUCUAUUUUCGAUCCUAUUGGUUGGCUGCUUCCAGUUGUAAUGAAACUGAGAAUAGAAAUUCAACAUCUAUGGCAGGAAGGUUACGACUGGGAUGACAUUAUUCAGGAACCGUUCCGAAAGCAACUUGAAAAUGUGUUCUCGUCCUUAGAAUACCUGAAUGAAAUUCGGGUUCCACGUUGGAGUGGGCACACCUCCAAGGAUGAAAAGAUGGAGCUAGUAGGCUUCAGCGAUGCAUCCGGUGAUGGUUACGCCGCGGUCAUCUAUAGUCGACGCAAAAUUGAGACGGGUUGCCUCGUGCGGUUGAUCGCAGCCCGAGGGCGUGUCACGCCUUUAAAGACACGAUCGAGUAUAAGCUCCAAAGCAUGCACGAUCCCUAAACUCGAGUUGGAAAGUGUAGUCCUAUUAACGGAAUUGUUCAACGACGUCCGUAAAAACCUAGGGACUAGCCCAGUAAAAUUCACGGCGUAUACCGAUUCCGAGGUGGCUCUCUGCUGGAUUCGGAGUCGGAAGGAUAUCGAAAACAAAUUGGUUAAGCGACGAGUAGCCGCGAUCCAUAAGUAUUUGUCACCCACAGAUAUCCACCACGUGAGGUCAAGUCAUAACCCUGCAGAUUGUGCAUCUAGGGGCAUGUGUCCCCGGAAAUUUGUAGCUCACAAGUUGUGGUUCCAUGGACCGCAAUUCUUGCAAGGGGAACUCCCUCGCACGGAGGUCGUCGGUUCUGGUGCUGAAACAGUGACUCAUCUAGCAGAAGUUGCUUCCGAGCCUACGCCUGAUCCAGAUUUCAUUCAGCGAUUCUCAAGUUUACCUCGAUUGAUAAACACAAUCGCGAGAUGCCGUCGAUGGAGAUCGGGAACUUCCGUCAAUAGUUCAAAGGUUGAUCUUAAGAUAAUGUUGUCUACAUAUAAGGACACCAAAAAGACAUGGAACGAGCAGUUGAAUUGUUAG